AUGAAGCUGCGGGCAAACGCAGGACGCGGGGUCUUCCCAGCAGAGGCGGCACUGCUACCCCUUCCCCAGGAAAUCCACAGUCGAACUAAAGUAGCCUUCCCCACUCGGCCCGCCUCCCGGUCCCUGCGCCCACUUCCCCGCACUUGGACUGCAGUGACACCCUUGACCCGGGCGGCGGGGGCCCCUCUGCGCCGCCGGCUUUCUUCCUUUCAGCUCCGGGGGUCGGCUUCGGCUCCCCAGGCCGCAGAGCGCCUUUUCCUCCAGAGGUGGAAACGCUGCCUCGCGCUCGCGCUGGUGGCGGUCGCCUGCGUCCACGCGGAGGAAGAACUCAGGAGCAAGUCCAAGGUCUGUGCCAAUGUGUUCUGUGGAGCGGGCCGGGAGUGUGCGGUCACAGAGAAGGGAGAGCCCACCUGCCUCUGCAUUGAGCAAUGCAAACCUCACAAGAGGCCCGUAUGCGGCAGCAAUGGCAAGACCUACCUCAACCACUGUGAGCUGCAUCGGGAUGCCUGCCUCACUGGAUCCAAAAUCCAGGUGGAUUAUGAUGGACACUGCAAAGAGAAGAAACCUGUGAGCCCGUCUGCCAGCCCUGUUGUUUGCUAUCAGUCCAACCGGGAGGAGCUGCGGCGGCGCAUCAUCCAGUGGCUGGAAGCAGAGAUCAUUCCAGACGGCUGGUUCUCCAAAGGCAGCAACUACAGUGAAAUCCUAGACAAGUACUUCAAGAACUUUGAUAAUGGUGACUCUCGCUUGGACUCCAGUGAAUUCCUGAAAUUUGUGGAGCAGAACGAAACUGCCAUCAACAUCACCACCUACGCAGACCAGGAGAACAACAAGCUGCUUAGAGGACUUUGUGUGGAUGCUCUCAUCGAACUGUCUGAUGAGAAUGCCGACUGGAAACUCAGCUUCCAGGAGUUCCUCAAGUGCCUCAACCCAUCUUUCAACCCUCCCGAGAAGAAGUGUGCCCUGGAGGAUGAAACGUAUGCAGAUGGAGCUGAGACCGAGGUAGACUGUAACCGUUGCGUCUGUGCCUGUGGAAACUGGGUCUGCACAGCCAUGACCUGCAACGGUAAGAAUCAGAAGGGGGCCCAGACUCAGACAGAGGAGGAGAUGACCAGAUAUGCCCAGGAGCUGCAAAAGCACCAGGAAACAGCUGAGAAGACCAAGAGGAUGAGCACCAAAAAGAUCUAAUGAGGAGACGUGUUGGAACCGUGUCUGGAGCCUGGCACCUUCUCCCACUUCAGCGCUGAGUCCAGUAUUUGCGAGUGUCUUCUACAAUCACCAAAUCACCAGUAUUUGCUUGUAUAGCAACGAGUUUUAUUUUGUUUAUUUGUUUUGCAAUAAAGGAAAUGUGGGUGGCUAGCUAGGAGGGGGAAGGGCCUUAGCCUUCAUUUCUAGGAGUGCUUUGAGAGAAACUGUUAAAGGGUGCUCUGGGGCUGGAGCAAGCAAGGAAAAUGCAUCAGGGCUGGGCGAGGGGUAGACUCAGAUCUGAACUCCCAAGUCCACUGCAGCCGUCAGUGGGUGGCAGGAAGUUCACGUAAUGCCAGAGAGAACUUAGCAGGCUGGCCCCGGAGGAGGGCUUUGGGAUGCUCAGUGGAGAGGAGCACGUUCUGUUCCAGCCCCUUCCUGCUGCCAACAGCAUGACAGACCUCCAGCAUCUGUGUGUGUCCUCUGGGUCCCAACCACUGUGGGUAGAUACACAGGCGUCCUGCUCCUUACCCUGUCCCUCAGACUUGGAUGGAGUUUCUGGGAGGUGCACCCAAGUGAUGCAGAUACUUGUAUACUUUGAGUCCCCUAGAGACCUAACCAAAUUUUUAAAAUAUUUUUUACCAAAGGUGCUAUUUCUCUAUAAAAACACUUUUCUUUUUUUGGUUUGGCAAGUUGACUUCAUUCUUCAAUUAUUAUCAUUAUAUUAUUAUUGUUUUUUUUUUAAAUAUUUUAUUUUCUUGACUAGAUACUAAGCUUUUGUAAUAUGUUUCAAUAGUCCUACCAUUUCAGAGGUGGAAGGAGUUUGGGGCUCUCCCUGGUGCAGGGGCCUGUCUAACCCAGACACCACCCACCCUAUCACAUACUGGAUGCAGCCAGGCUUGGCUCUAGCUACCAGUGAAACAGCUGUCUGCCAGAGGAACAGGGUUGCCUCUGACAGAAGCCAGGGGAAGAAGGAGCAUCUUCACAUAAAGCUUUCAAGAUCCAAAAAGUUAGUUUUCAUUAGUUCUGAGAAGUUUAGGUAAAUCAGCAUUCCAAAGGAUGACUCAAGUGCAGCUAAGCAGGGCUUAAAAGGUAUACCAGUUUAUAAUCUGCUCAUUGAUCUAUGAAUAACUAGGAGAGUAACUUUGCCCAUGUCUUUUCCUAUUUCUGGGCUUCAGUUUCCUCAGUGAACUGGUAAAAAUGCAAUAACCCGUUGAUUGAUUUGGUAAAUAAUAAAUUCUGUGGUUCCUGUCAUUGCAUUGGUCCAGUAGGAGAGGGGGGUCCUAUGAUUUUUCCCUCUUCUCCUUAGGAUAAAUUAAACUGUACUGUUAUAACAAGAAACAUCACAGAGCCAAAAACAUAGACCAAAUCUAGCCUCGUUCUGAAUGACCCGUUUAGGUCCUGCUGCGAUGGAGAGCUCUCAUAGGAAAAGCCUUUCCAGGAAGAAAGUGAAAAAGAGAACCACCCCACUUUGACCUUUGCAUUUCAUGUUUAACCUCUUGUUGGAAACAGAAAGAGCUUUCUCUUUAGAGAUGAGAACAAAAACAAAAAAGGGGUAAAAAAAAAUAAUAAUGGAGAUUGAAUGUUAAACAUGUGACUUGGGAAAAAGUCAGUCAUUCAGUUAGUUGUAUGUCUUUUGACAUCUGGGAUUAUUAACCUCACUACCAUGUUUAAGAUGCAUUUGGAAUAACAAAGAUGAAAAACUUGACAUUAGAUUGCAUUUGUAAAAAGCGGAUUACAGACUCUCAGAGAGAAAUUAUUUAGGUUGUACUUCACAGGCAGCUGUGAGAAACUGUUGUGCCAGGAAUGGAAUUCCUUCUAAAUAGUCUUCCUUGUUCUCAUUUGAAAAGAGAAAAUUCCACUUCGUUUAAAUUCCAGGCUUUUAUGUACCAUUCCAUUUAAAAAUGCUUUGAACCCCACUUGUGCAGUCUGAAAUGUGGCUCCCUGUCCAAGUGCCUUGGAGAACUCACAGCAGCACGCCUUAAUCAAAAGUGUUCCCAGUUCUUGGACACGUAGGGAGAGGGCAGGAGUGCCAGUUUGUUUAAAGCAGCAGCCACAGUCUUUUCACCAGUCUCACUUAGAACAGCGGUUCCCAUCCAAGACUACCCCACCCUGCGGCCCUGAAUUCCCCAGAGCAAGUCCACAUUCCUCUUGCAUCUGCUGUUUCUGUGUAAAUAGGGCAGCUGUUGUCUGCACUGUAGAAUCACAUGAUUUGAGGACCAUUCACGGGAAGGCUGCUAAAUAACCUAGUUUGGGGAAUCUUGCAAAGAGCUUUGUGUGGUAUAAACAAACAAGGUUAAAUUGGGUUCAGUUCCUUUAGCCUUCUAAAAGCAUAGGACUUAGACUGCAAGCUUCCUUGGAUUUUGUCCGUGUGUGUGCAGUUUUAUCCACAUUUCAACAUCUGUUAAGAUCCAGUGUCCAUGGAAACCUUCCACAUGCCAUGAUUCUGGACUCUAUCACUGUUUUGGAAAGCAGGACUCCACCUGCUAAGAAACCUAUGUGGACCACUCUGAAUGUCUUUCCUUUGCACCUAUGUUUUAAUAGUCAAACUGCAAAAAACAAUUUGAAUAGAU